UAAGCUUCUAAAGUCAUUUUGAAAUGAGCAUGCAGCGCCGAACUGGACCGACUCCUAUACGUUUUCAGUUUCCGUGACAACCUGAGCCAGAGGAAGACAUGCGGGAAGACAUGCGGGAAGACAUGAUGAGAUAUUGCUUACAUGUGCAGUGAAACUCGUGUACAGCGCUUGAAUAUGAUGCUUAGAAUAGCUGACUCCGAGGCGGCAGAAAACUCAACUCUUUGCAGACUCUCGAUUAGACUUCAGUGAUCCGUCUAAUACAUGCUAUCAAUUAUUCAAAGUGUUCGUUCCACACCAUAUGCCUCGUGCGGUUGAUAUGCGGACCUCGUUCGUCUGAAACUAUGAAGGUACACGCCAUUAUGACUACUAUAUCGUUUAUAGCUUGAAUGACUAUGGUUUAUAAUCAAGAUGAAGACAUCAGUCACCCACCCGUGGAUGUAUUGUUCAGGGCAUAAAUUCAUUUUAUAUUCAACUUGUCAAUGUGAACUCAACCUGGGAUGCAUUUCAUCAGCUUCACCUGACAUACACCCGUCAUUUUUCUAAUGCUUUUUUCUCAUUAUCGUUAACUCGAAUAUAGUUCCGUGACCUCGUUGACUAUCCACAAUCGAUGAAUGCAAUUCCGAUUCGUCAUCAUGAACUUUUGAAGAUCAAUCGCAGGAAAAAAAAAACCUUGUUUGAGAAAAGGAUUUCACAGAAUACUAAUUCUUUGUAUUAUCGACGAGAAUGGGAGAUUAUUUCAAGCCCAGAUAAUGUUGGACGGCCGUGAAUGCGAUGAACAUGGAGACGAAAUUAAAUGCGGUGUUUAGUUUUCUAGCUCAGCAUCGUACGUUUUGCGACUGCUUUCCGUUUGACUUAAGUUACUGCUAACAAUUUAGACAUCUUGGAGAGGUAUGUAAAUCCGGGCUCCGAACCAGUUACGUGUUGAGAAUUGCGACUGGCUUCUAUUAUCUCAUUCGACUGAAGCUUUUGCUUGGAGGGGGACAAAAUCUACAAGAAAAAAGCUCGUUUCGUCUUCAUUUAUAUCGCUUUAAAAACACACAUAUCCACGAGUUGAUAUCAAUCUACAAGGAUCUUGAAACGGCACGCAGUUCUCAAAUUGUCUUGCACAUCGGAGCAGUCAACUAACCGGCUACUACCGUCCUCUUUUUGUGAAUUACCUGCACGUGCCCCCUGUCGUUCAUUUAUGAGAAUCCGCAAAAAUGGUGUCGUGAACUGACUUAAUGAGAGGCCUCGAGAUUUUAUAAUUCACGUCGUCGCCGCCACGAUUGCUUGUUGGUAAGGAGAUUAGCAUCAAAUGAUAUUCCUGAGUUACAGGUGGAAUAUUCGAUGAUAUGAGAGUCGAAUGAGUACGCGCACAACACUAUACUUAUCGCCAUGUUCAUCAAGUUUACGUAUGAAUACGGUUUCGAUAUCGAGACGCAUGUAUUUUGACACCGGAAUCAGAAAUCAGUAUACAGAAGGGAAUGUCUAUAUUUUUCUAAGAAUUACAAUUCUGGUGAAAAAGUCGGGAAUACAGAAUUUGAACGAAAUAAAUCUAUAAAUUGUAUGAGUACAAACAGCUACUUUAUCUCCCGAAUUGAUGAAGAAAGCAUGCACUCGGAGGACACUGAACAAAAAUGAGUUUGAGUUCGUGGCAAAGGAGCUGGUCAUUUACUAACGUCAUUUUCUUUUCGCAUCUCUAGAAUUCAAUUCGGAGAAUGAUUAUGACUUCCUACGCACUUUUGUAUGACCUCUUCCAUUAGAUUGUACUUCGACAAAAUAUUUAAAACCAAUUAAACUCUCCCAUUAAUUUGUACUUCAAAACUAAUUAAAACUAGCUAAUCAAUAUAGAACAUCGAUUUUAGAAUUGACGUGCAACGCAUGUACAAGUCAAAUGACUCUAACAUAAAGCGGUGCCAGAAAGAGCAAUUGUAGAUUCCACUUCUGAAAGUACCCUCAGGAAAGUGAUUAUCGACAGCGUCUGCGCGUGAGUAUGAAUUCUUGAUUAAGGAGGACCCGAUGUCUUCGGUUACUGAACCGUAAGUUUCCUCAUUUUGCUUGUCUGCAGCCGAUUUAAGGCUUGGCUGACAAUUUGUAAUGUUUUUUUUUAAUAAACUGACAUUCCCGUCUGGACAGACUUGAUUUAUGACUGACGCUCUACCCAAUGGUAUCGAUGGACGUCGUGGGGUCGAACACUGUCCGCCCUUUAGCCCUGCGAUGCAUACCCUCAUCUCUUCAUCAGUGUUCAUUGGCUGAAUCAACUCUGUAACAAGCGGUGCUAUAAAACCUCCAGUGCCUUUUUUUAAUGAAUGGGGUGUAGAGAAGGAGAUAUCUUCUACGAAGAACUAUUGGAGGCACUUUUUCUUCUGUGAACAUUUCAGUUGAAAAUAGAAUUUUCAGUAUUCUCUCGCUGCACACAGUAAUCUCACUGCAUGAUUAGUACUUCAUGAAUUUAGCGGGACUUCUCAGACAGAGUCCCACACCCUUGAUUAGCUGUCUUUUCAUUGAAGUCAAAGGAGGCGACGAUAAUUCUCCCUGGAUAAAGGAAACCUUACAUCAUUCACCAUGCUCUUCAAGUCCAUCCUAAUCGCGGGUUUUCUCUGCAUCUUCAUCAUCGGCGUCUGUGCCAACGCCUUGGUGAUCUUGCUAUCCCUCAAACCCGGUGGAAACACCAAUGUCAAUGUCAACGUCAACACGAUCAACACGUACAUUGUUAACAUGGCCGGCGCGGACUUGCUUUACAUAUUCGGCUGCCUGUUCUACACGCUGACGAACUACAACCAAGAUGGAUGGCUCUUCGGCGACAUCGGCUGUCGGUUGAUUCUCAGUAUCGACGUCCUCACCAUGCACGUUAGCGUAUAUAUCCUCACGGUGAUGAGCAUCGAGCGCUACGUGGCCGUCGUACACCCGAUGUUGUCGCUGAAGUACCGGAGCGUCUGCUUCGCUCGCCUUAUCGUGGUGGUCAUCUGGGUGUCCGCUCUGGUACUGGCGUCGCCGAUGGUGGUCGGUAUGGCAUUGACUCGUGUUCACGCCGGCAAAGGAUCUAUGAAGAACACGUGCGCUUGGACGCUGAACGGUGAAGAUUCUCUGUCUACCUACAUGAUUUCCGUGUUUCUUAUCACCUUCGCCAUCCCGUCCAUCAUCAUGGUAGUCGCCUACCUGCUCCUCAUGGCCCAUUUUUGUCAGGUCAAGUCGGAGCGUAGCGGUAGUCAGCAGGUACGACGGUCGAAGCGUCGCGUGGCGCAGAUCGUUUUCCUGGUCGUUCUUGUCUUCUGGAUAUGCUACACCCCAUUUUGGGUUUACCAACUUACCGUCCUACAUGUUGAAAACUUCGAUCCUAAGCAGAUCGUCGGACUCAUCGCCCUUGUCAUAUCAUACCUCAACUCAUGCGUCAACCCCUUCCUCUAUACGCUCUUGCCGAAGAGGUACAACGUCUGGCAAAAGAUGAGGAAGCAGAGUUCAUUUUCCGCCCCGAAAUACCGUCUUACGGGUAGACCAGAAGUGUGCGAUUCUCUUUGAAUCUAAAUAUGUCGUAGUCGUACGUUAUCAAUGUCUGCAAAGGUUGACAUGAGCAGAAACAGGAAAAAUGAAGGAAAAAACAGAUUUUUAAAUAUUGAGAUGGAUCUGACAAAGCAUAAGAAUGAUGAAAGUUUAUAUUUCUUAAAGGAAAUCUCGUUGAUAAGUUGUCCAUGAUGUGUAACAUAAUUUCGUUAUGCUAAUAAGACAAGUGCCCAAUCUAUUUUUUUCCUGUUUUGCAUAAUGUUCUCUCACAAGAGAACAUGUUUGUUAUAAUACAUAUUAAACUUGAGAAAAGGAAUAUUUAAAAUAGAUUUUAAAAAAACAAUUCGAAUCGUUUGAACGUCUAAUUGAAAGACAAUAAUAUAAAUACUAAAUAAUCAAUAAUUACUGUACUCGUUUACAUAUUGGAAAAUAAGUGUCAUUGCAAUGUAUUGAGUUGUGUUAUAGAAAGAAAAUGGCGAGCUUUUUCACUUUCACUCUCAACGUCAUUGUGGAAACGUGCGAAUGCGAGGGUAAAAGCAAUGGCUGAACUAUAUCACCUUCUUAAGUGACGAACACUUCCAGCGUCUUAUUCAAUUAUUGAGGUAAUUCUUAACAGUGGCACUCUUCAAAUCGAUUUUUCUUUGCCUGACAUCAGGAGAAGCCUUUUAAUGGUAGGAUGGUGAAGGGAAUAUUGACCUUGUUUUGUGGUAAAUUGCCGUUUUGUUCGACAAAAGUGUUACAGUUUUCACUUUCUUCAUUAAAUGUGGUGACUCAUCACUUUCUUUAUCGAAGUGAUCAAUUUAUCAAUUUCUUUAUCGAAAGUGAAAAUGUCACGACUUGCUUUAAUGAAAGAACAUCUGUCAUUGCAACGAACACAAAUUGAGGCAAUUCUCCUGCACUAUUCAAGGGAAAAGAAAACUCCCAUCAAAUUUCAUUAAAACUCAUUCUUUAUUAAUUGAAAGGCACCUGGUAUUUUAUGAAGGUGAUGGACAUGACUUUAAAGGGGUAACUCAAGCAGGAAAUCAGGCACUUUGUGAGCCUGAGUGGAAACGGCCAGUAUUAAUAGUUCGCAAUAUAACGCACGCUUUAUACACUAUAUACAAACUGUAUUUAAAAUCAAUGUAUCUUGUAAUGUACACAUCAAUUGGAAAUUGAUGAUUGUGCUUGUGUUUCGUGGUAUUUCUUUGCUGUGCCAGGUUUUGCCUUACAAACAGUACUGUGUGUGCUUUGAGGAUUUGCGACUUGCAAUAUGAAAACGCUGAAAAAUCUGGAUGCACUAAUACUCAUGUAUUUUAUUUUACAUUAAUUUUAUCAAUCGCACAAACACAACACCUUUUCGCUAAGUUAUUGUCGUCUUUUGUUUCCUUGAAGGCUUAGUCGGAUUAGCACGUUCGAGGGAAUGGUUUAUCGAGUGUAAAUUAAAUUAAAUAGAAAUGCA